AUGUCUCGCUGGCAAUACGCUGCCCGGGUUUUCCUUUCUAACGUCAGAAUCCUCCGCUUGAGAAAGUGGUCGUGUUUUGGAAGGGAAAGGUGGGGCCCGGAGCCUGCCAGGUUCCCGUCUCAGGAGGCACGCGGACGGGUCCGGCCCAAAGCCUGGGCGAAGAUCACUUUAGUGUCCUGGGGGAUCGGAGGGUUGUUUGGGGGUGUGAGGUGCGAAGGUGUACCCCAUGAAAGAGCCUGGGUAGAAGUAGAUGUACACGUUCAUAACGGUGGGCCUUCAAGUAGCUUCCUCCGGCAUAUUGCGGCAGCUGUUUCCCUAACCAUCCGCGUCUGUCUUCUGUUGCUGAAGUUUGGCCCUUUGCUUUGGCUUUACCCCGUCACCUACCUGUCUUCCGGUUUUGCGUCCUUCUGGUUCCACCUGCUUCUAAAGGCCACGGAAACCUCUGGCCCCACGUACAUCAAGCUGGGCCAGUGGGCCAGCACUAGGAGAGACCUCUUCUCGGAGGAGUUCUGUACCAAGUUUUCCAAACUCCACAUCAAGGUGGCCCCUCAUCCUUGGACUUACACCCAGGGUUCUUUGCGCAGUGCGUUUGGGGAAGGCUGGGAUCAGCUCUUCCGUUUUGAAAGCCGGGAACCCGUCGGCUCCGGCUGUGUGGCCCAGGUAUAUAAAGCAUACGUGGACGUCUCUGCCCUUGGAGAGCCGCUGCGUAAAGAGAUCUCAAGGAAUUUGGCGGUGGAUUCUGUUGUGGAAGCCUGGCAGGUGUCUGGGCUCAGGGGACUCUUCAUCUGGCUUUCGAAGAAAAAGCAUGAGGAAGCUUCAAAAGCGGGUGGUGCCCAUUAUUUACUUCACGAAGAUGGUCGCCGUGGAAGUGAUAAUUGGAGCAAACAUUCUCAGGAGCAAAGGUCCAGUUAUCCCAGCAUGCUGCCAUCCUCUUCCAAAAGGAAUCAGCUUGUUCCAGUGGCCAUUAAAGUGCUGCAUCCUGGAUUAGUUCAUCAGGUUGAAAUGGAUCUGUUUCUGAUGAAGAUAGCUAGCCGAUUCAUUGAGCUUUUUCCCGGGCUCAAGUGGCUCAGUCCAACCGAGAUUGUGGAGGAGUUUGAGAAACUCAUGACUCAGCAGAUUGACUUGCGCUGUGAAGCGAGGAACCUUGAGCGUUUUCGCCUAAAUUUCCGAGAUGAAGAUUCUGUGAAGUUCCCCGUUCCGCUUCGCCCUUUUGUCACAAGAAACAUCCUAGUGGAGACAUUUGAGGCAGCUGAACCAGUAUCUCAGUAUCUGCACACCGAGGUCAAAAUGGCCCUGCGGCAGAAGUUAGCCAAAAUGGGCAUGGACAUGCUGCUCAAGAUGGUGUUUGUUGAUAACUUUGUCCAUGCUGACCUGCACCCUGGGAAUAUUCUAGUCCAGGGAGCAGAGCACUUCAGUGCUAACCUUGAGGUCCGGACUAGCAUGGUAGACCUGUUCGACACACUAAUUUUGGAAGUGCAGCCUUCACACUCCCCGCUCCGACUGGUGCUUCUGGAUGCAGGAAUCAUAGCAGAGUUGCAGAGUGGUGACCUCGAGAACUUCCGGGCGGUGUUUACAGCUGUGGUACUAGGACAGGGGGAGAGAGUGGCAGAGUUAAUCCUUCAUCACUCCCGAGCGAACCAGUGCAAGGAUGUGGAGAGGUUCAAAGCUGAAAUGGCAGAGCUGGUGGUGAAGGCCCGGAGCAACACCAUCGCCCUGGGAAAGCUCCAAGUAGCCAGCCUGCUUUCCAGUGUCUUCAAGUUAUUAAUGACCCACAAGGUGAAGCUGGAGAGUAACUUUGCCUCGGUUGUCUUUGCCAUUAUGGUGUUGGAAGGCCUCGGCCGCUCACUGGACCCUGAACUGGAUAUCCUGAAAGCAGCGAAACCUCUUCUUGUCAAAUCUCCAAGUUCCCUCCUGGAGUAGUG